CGUGCAUGAUGGUGUCUUUUGGACUUGAACUUGUCGGUGUCAGUUUGUCAGUGCUCGGCUGGCUGCUGAGUGUGGUCUGCUGUGCUCUGCCGAUGUGGAGGGUCUCCGCCUUCAUCGGUGCCAACAUUGUUACGGCUCAGGUGUACUGGGAGGGCCUGUGGAUGAGCUGCGUGUUCCAGAGCACGGGGCAAAUGCAGUGUAAGGUCUACGACUCCAUGUUGGCUCUACCUCAGGACCUGCAAGCUGCCAGGGCGCUCACUGUGGUCUCUAUCAUUGUGGGGGUGCUGGCUCUUCUUAUCUCCAUGGUGGGAGCCAAGUGCACCAAAUGUAUCGACAAUGAGGCCGUUAAAGCCAGGGUCAUGGCUGCGUCUGGGGGGUCAUUCAUCACAGCAGCUAUUACCCAGCUGGUGCCAGUUUCCUGGUCAGCACACACCAUCGUGACAGACUUCUACAGUCCUCUUAUCCCUUCUGGACAGAAGAUGGAGAUCGGAGCAGCACUGUAUCUGGGUUGGGCCGCUGCAGCCCUGCUGAUGAUUGGAGGCUCCAUUCUCUGCUGCAGUUGCCCUCCAGAGGAAGAGAAACCGAGGUACAGCAUGAACCCCCAGAGCCGUGUAGCAUACUCAGCCGCACCGAGAUCAGUGGCUCAAAGCUCCUACAACAGGAAGGACUAUGUAUGAUGGAAGCAGACAGGACCAAGAAGGCAUUGUUAUUACUAUUAUGAGUCCUGUUCAGGAUAUAAAAAUCUAAACAUGUCAUUUUAUUGGUUUAACUGAAACCUAUUAGGGUGAAAAGAUUAAAAGCAGGUGUUUGGGGUUUUGUGGACAUUUAGGAACAAAAAUGUGUGUAGAUUGUUUUUGAUAUGUGUGGUUUUGGAAGCUCUCUGCGUAUGUGUGAUGAUACUGUUUACAUAUAGCAAUUGGUCUAAUGCAAGCAGAGGGAAAUUAUCAUCAAAUUUCAAAAGGCAAAAGGCCAUGGACAGUUAAGGUAAUUUGAGAACUGAUUUAUUGUCAGAGUUCAGUGAAGAGACUUUGUAUCCCAGAGUAAAACCAUUGUUUAAUAUAUUUAUUUUCGCUCAUUUGGAUCUAUUGUGGAUGUUCGUCAUUGUACUGAAAUCACCUUCUGUACAUAUUAAGUAUCAUAAUGUCAUUACUCUAAAAGCAAAUAAGGACACUGGUGUAACUGUAAUGUAAUUGAAUACGUUUUUAAAUGAGGAAUAAUAUUUUUGUUAAUAUUCUUACAAAAUGCAGACAGACUGAGUCAGGAAAGUGAAACAUUACACAGCUGAGCCAAUUUGAGCCAAAGCAAGGUCAAAAUGGUGGAAUGGACAAAAUAGUGAGGCAUGUUAUGUAAAGUCAGCAUUUGAAUUAGAGGAAUAUAUGAGUGAUUUUAAUUUUUAAUCU